AUGACGGGAAACAAUAAUGCUUCGCACGACACCGGCCCGGAGCCGCGCGAACUUGGGUCUAAGGAUGGUGCUUCUUUCCAGGUCAUAGUGCUGGGAUCUACCGGCGGACCGCGCGAAGACAACAUCACCGGCUUACUUGUGAGAGCGCCACAGACAGAAUGGCGCAAGGGUUCCAUGAUCGCAGUCGAUGCAGGCGUCCACCUUGCCAGUAUGGUUCACAUCCUUCACAGAGACAUGCCAUUAAGAUCAGAGAAACUGCCGCCCCCGGGAUACUCGAAUACUCUCAAAGAAGGGCCCUUUGCAGGCCUUCGUUUCCCACAUAUCAGCGCGAAGGCCAAUGCGCUCCAUAUCUUUCGAGAAAUCCUUCAUGGCUUUUUAAUUACGCACCCGCAUCUCGACCAUCUCUCGGGAAUGGCCAUCAACACCCCAGCCCUCGAAUACGGGCGAGAAGCGAAAGCAAUUGUUGCUUUGCCCACGACGAUUGAGGCUAUCAAGAACCACAUAUUCAAUGACUGGCUCUGGCCAAACCUGUCCGACGAAGGACACGGCGUCGGCUUUGUCACAUACAGACGCCUGAUAGAGGGGGGCAAUCCUCGUCUCGGUCUAGGCGAGUCGCGUGGUUAUGUCAACGUGUGUGACGGUCUUGCCACAAAAUGUUGGAGUGUCAGUCAUGGCAAAUGCCAAAGGCGGGCACACAGCAGUUCGCACCAACACAGCGACUCUUUUGGGUACAUGCCCGACUACAAUUUCCCGUCUAGAAGACUCUCGCGCAUAUCGGAUGAUCAUGGCUAUUUCACGGUUGUGGCUCAGCAGCAAUCCCAAAACGCCGGUGCAUAUGUGUCAGCGCCAAAUCAGAUACCAAUGCCCGCGGGCCCUGUCACCCCCGGCAUCGGGGGAGGACCGCUAGCCUCGAGUCAUAUGGACAGCAGCCACAUGUUUGAACCGGUGCCGAGCUCAGCAUUCUUCAUCCGGAACGAUGCCACAGGGAAUGAGCUGCUCAUCUUCGGAGAUGUCGAGCCCGACUCCGUCAGCAUCUCUCCUCGAAAUCACAUAGUCUGGGAUGAUGCAGCCGGGAAGGUAGCGGACGGAAAGCUGAAGGCAAUCUUCAUUGAAUGUUCAUACGAUGACAGUACUCGUAACGAGGAUCUUUAUGGCCACUUAUGUCCUAGACAUCUCAUCGCCGAACUUGUCUUCCUCGCCAACUGUGUGAUUAGCAGGCGGAAACAGCGGACCACCAAUGGCUCGACCGCUGCAGAUGGUCAGGUCUCCGGGAAAGCCCUCGAUGCUUCGACGAAAGCCCCCGACAUGACCAUGAGGCAACCACCGACGCCCUUGGAACUGAAAAGGAAACGCAAGAGAGCCUUGAACAGCGGUCUGACAACAACCCCUGAACCCGGACCCACGAACCUUGACGCUGCACCACCUUCGCCCAUCGCCAGCAGCUAUGUGGGCACCAGAUCUGGCUCCUCUACUCGCAGCAAACAGUCUCACGAGCCGCGUGAGUCAGGCGUCGCGGCCCCGCCUCACACGCCAGCCCGUGGACGCAAUGUGAGCUUUCACACCGGCUCUGUGGCACCUUCUAUUCCAGCCUCAACAACCCAUCAGCGCUCUUCCUCACUUCCAGGCUCAGCCACUUACGCAGAAGAGAAAUUGCCUGAGCCGCUCCGGGGCGUGACGGUGCAUAUCAUCCAUGUCAAAGACACAAUGAUGGAUGGGCCCGCCCCAGGCGAUGUUAUCGUCUCAGAACUCAGGACAUUGAGCGAUGAAGUCGGCUUGGGCUGUGAGUUUAAUGUGACGAACUGUGGUGACAGUAUAUGGAUAUAG